AUGUUGGAGGUCGCUCGCUGGAACUACGAGGGUCGCAGCAGUCCUGACCACAAAGCUCAUAAAUUUAUCCUAAUUCCUGGAGGGAUAGGAAUAGGAAAGACACGGAUGGGCUGGGAAACAAAGCAUCUGCACUCUAUACUGUCAACAAGAAGUGGCGACAGUGCUGAGUUUGAGGAGGCUCUAAAAGAUCCCUAUUACGUCUUUAUUGACUUAAAUAAUGAAAAUAAAUAUAUUAGAGCUUUAGAUGGUGUGGAGGAUUCAA